ACAGCACCACCCCAUUUCUUUCCUCUGCUUUUCUUCCUACGCCACGUUAGCUUCACCACCAUUCCAAUUCUCACUCUUCUUCUUUCUUUUACUCCAUUAAUUACUAAAUCAAGCAUAUUAAAAACAAAAUAAAAAUAAAGAAAAAGCAAGCAAAUGUUUUUAUUUUAAUCUUCUUGCUUUUAACUGAUCCAAACACUAGUCAUAUGUUACCGCACAAAAUCUGCCGGUCUUGAAUUUGAUCGAGCUCUUGUAUCCUGUUGUAUUAUUGUUAACAAGAACUUGAAGCUAAUUCAGAUAAUCUCUUUGCUUUUUGGAUCGAUGUAAAUACUUUUUUCUUUUCUUUUUUUCUUUUUUAUUCUUUUACUAAUUAUUUGAGGUAACGGAUUGAUUGCAAUGAUCAAAUCAUCGUCAAAUUCAGAAAAAGCAAAAAAAGAAAAAUGGAAAAAGCAGCAGCAGCGCCAUCGUCUUCAACGCCUCCUACCUCAUCUAAUUACCUCAACGCCCUCACUCUUGAAAUCGAGAAGAAACUCCAGCGGGCACUAGCUUCUGCAUCGCAGAGACGCAAUUUGCUGCAAGAGCUGUUUGCAGACGUAGCUCUGGAAGUUGAUGACCGAGCCAAAAAUAUUAUUCUCAGUAGCGAAGAAGAUGGUAUAUCUCCUGCACAGGAUAGUGGUGAUCAAUUAUGUUUUUACAAUGUUCUUGCUGAUUAUUAUGUUGGAGUGCCUGAAAGCAGUAAACGAAUCCUUGAUUUAAUUGUCCAACUUUGGAGCCAGUCUUUUGCAUCACAUAUUUUCUCUCUUCUUUUCCAUAAAUGGCUGUUCGAGGCCCAACUGGAUAAUACUGAAGUACUUGUACGUUAUUCAUCUGCUCUUGUUCAAGGUGCCACAAAUGUUUUCUGGAUUGACAUCCAAACGAACACUAGGCGAUUCCAAACCCUCUUUCGGUAUCUCCUCGAGGAAGUUGCCCUGGAGCCUAUGCGCUUGAAUAAAAUUCCAGUGCGGGCCCAGAGAGAUCUGUUUCUUCUACUGUCAAGAUUCAUACUCUUUUACAACUCAGAUGACAAGCUUGAAAGCUUCUUGAAGCAAUUUCCUGUUUUUCAAAAUGCUUUCUUGGUUGGUGGGCCAGUAGAUUUCUUCGUUAUUGAACUUGCAGACCAGCUUCAAAAAUUAAAAGUGGAGCCAGUUCUAUUGCACUACCUUUCACGUCUUAAAGUUCUCCAAGGUAUGGAACUGAGAAUGACCACGAGUACAAGAUUAAAGGCAUGCUUGUAUAGCUUUACUUCUCCUGGUGGACCAAUGUAUCCUACCAGAGCUGUUCGUCAUGCAGCCUGGGAUGCUUUGGACUUGCUUUUCCCUGUCGGGCGAUACCUUCGACAUCUUAUAAGUUUGUUUUUUCGGCUGCUUUAUCCAUGGUACUGGCCCUCUUCCUGUUGGAACUUCAUAAUCUCUUGUAUAAAGGCAAUUUUCUAUUCCAUACUGCGAGUGUUGUUUUCUAGUUGGGAGAACCCGAGGGAGCCUAAGAGGCACUAAGUUUUGAUAAUAAGAUGUUAAAAUAUAAUAUGAAUGUCUACUGGAGUUGUAUGUUGAAUUAGGUGUUGUACAAGUACCUUUCGCUUUUUUUUUUUUUUUAGAUUUUUAAGGAAUCCAUCGUUGUGUUCAUUUUGGCCAGCGUCAUGGAAUUGAUGCAUGUGACGACACUGUACCUGAUUCAUUGAUCAAAUUAAUAGUAGAUUUGCUUA